CCGUCGGAGCCGCCCUGCCACCCGCCCCCCCCGCCACCGGAGCUCGUGCUCGCCCUGGUCGUCGGCGCCCUCGAGCUCACGCCCGCCCAGGCUGCCUGCGCCUCGAGCUUGCCCACGGGGGUGAACCGCCGCUCCGCCCCUCCCUCGCACGGCCAGCAGCCGUCGCCCCGCCCUCCGUUCGUUUCCCUCGCGCGGCAUGCCGCUGCUCCGCCAUGUCUCCCGAGGGCGUGCCGAACUCUCACCAGGGCGCGUGCGCGCUAGUGCGCAGAGGGCACCGGCGACCAGGGCGAGCGUGCUCUUCCUCGGUGGCCGCUGCUCGCAUUCCAGAAUUACCAAAGCGAGCGGAGGCUGCCGACGGGAGCCAGGAGCGACCAUAGCGCCAUAGCGGCACGGUGGGAUGGCAGCUUGUGGCGACGGUGGCGCGCUACCUCAGCUCCUACGCCGCCUGUUACCCUGCGGGACAUGAGGUUCGCCGGGAAGCCGAUUAAAAUCCCUAUAGUUUCUGUCUCUGUGUGCGUGUUCCGAUGGCAUGAACAAGAAUCAAUAAAUCACUUGUGAAUUGGCAUGCUCCAAAGAAGCCCAGACAAGCCCCUAGUGUCCUUUUUCUUUGUCUUUAAUUUUACACCGGCAUGUCCCCUUUCACACAAACCUGCUCCUGUUUUCGCAUGGCAAAUUGAGAUGUUUGUGAAGAUAGAUACUGUAAAAGUUUGAUUGAACGCAUCCUAUGGCAAGACAAUUUUUUAAAUCUAUUGCUUGUUCCCUAGUAAAUUAACGCCCGACACAUUGGAUGCCAGCAAGUCAGCUAGGAUGCAAUGGAUAUUUGAUUGCGAGUGCGCCACUCGAAAGCCAACAACCCCAGUUUAGAACAAUGUAGACGAAAUUUCCUUACUGAUCACUUGCAUUUGUUUACUAUACUUCUCCAAGCGUCUCUAGGCUUGGUAGUGUGUGAAGGUGUCUGCUGAUGGCUGCUAGUGGUAUAUAAUUAGUCCAUUGAUUAACAAGUUAGUUGUUCAACUACGUAUAAUUUAUUUGGGCCAACCUAUCAGCUUACUCUGACCAGCUUUUGGUUAUCUGAUUAGUCACCUAACACUCAGAAGAACGCAACCACCCACAAGGCCAGAAAGGCAGGAACCACUCUGUACUCACAUCCACCUGUAACCUCCUAGCUCUCGACCAAGCACAAGCAACUACCAUGGCAGAGGCAAUUGUAGGAUUGCUGGUCUCCAAGCUUGGUGUGGCCUUAGCGAAGGAGACGGUGACCUUCGGUUCCUCGCUGCUCUUCAAGGAAGCAUCUGCCCUUGAUGGACUUUUUGGUGAGAUCCGUGAAGCCAAGGAUGAGCUGGAGAGCAUGCAGGGUUAUCUGCAACGAGCGGAGCGGUUCAAGGACACCGAUGAGACCACCGGCAUCUUUGUCGAGAAGAUCAGGGGCUUCGCUUUCGAGAUCGAGGAUGUCGUUGAUGAGUUCACCUACAAGCUGGAUUUGUCAGAGCAAAGGAUAACAGAACAUUAGAGGAAGUGGCAGAGGGAUGCUUGACCGAGCUUGUGAAUCGAAGCCUACUACAGGUAGUGGCGAGGAAUAGCGGUGGACGAUUAAAAUGCUGCCGGAUGCAUGAUGUUAUACGCCUUCUUGCUCUCAACAAAGCCAGGGAGGAAUGCUUUGGAAAAGUUUAUGAUGGAUCCGGUGCAUUCUCUGUAGAAGGCACACGUCGUAUAUCGAUCCAGAGUGAAAACAUUGAACAGCUAAGUCAAUCUUGUGGAACGCAUUUCCGUGCACUCCAUGUAUUUGAGACUCGUAUCAGUAUUAAUUUGCUCAAGUCUAUCCUAUCAUCUUCGAGGCUGCUGUCGAUGUUGGAUCUGCAAGGUGCACGUAUCAAAAUGCUGCCUAAUUAAGUGUUUGACUUGUUUAAUUUGCGGUACUUGGGCCUCAGACAUACUGGUAUUCAGAAUUUGCCUGAAGCAAUAGGGAGGUUACAAAACCUACAGGUCUUGGAUGCUUACAACACUGAACUGUCAUCUUUACCAAACAGCGUGGUAAAGCUUCACAAGCUGAGGUACUUUUAUGCAUGUACUGGUGGUGGUGGGCUAGAAUAUGAUCACUGUGCUGGAGUCAAGGUGCCCAAUGGUAUGCGGCACUUGACGUCAUUGCGAGCUCUGCAAUAUGUGGAAGCAACCUUGAAGAUGCUGCAUGAACUUGAAGCUUUGACAGAGCUAAGAACAUUCGGUGUUUGCAACAUCAAAAGCGAACACUCUUCUUAUCUGUGCAAUGCUAUCACAAAAAUGAGACACCUUGUUCAUCUGGACAUUUUUGCUACGGGUGGCGAGGUGUUGCUGGAACGUCUGUGUUUACCUCCGAACGUUUCUUGGCUUGGUUUACACGGGCAGCCAGGGAGAACAUCGAUGCCUUGGUCCCACCUCAAGAGCCUCACACGGUUGCAACUGUCAUUCUCCAACAUCGACGAGGAGUCGUUCUUCAGUCUGCUAGAGUUACAUGGUUUAUACCAUCUUGAGCUUUUCAAGGCCUUUGUAGGGAAGAAGCUGCACUUCUACUCAGGAUCAUUUCCAAAACUGCGGAUCCUAGGGAUUGUUGGCUGCCACAAGCUCAACCAAACUGAAAUAGAAGAUGGCGCGAUGGCAAUCCUUGUUUCGCUGCUGUUCGAUGAUUGUCCUGAAUUGAAGGCUCUCCCCGACGGCAUCGAGCACCUUAGGGACCUUGAAGACCUACGCCUGGUAAACACUGGAGAAGAACUCUUGGAGAGCCUUCGGCGAAAGGGAGAAGAACCGAACGAGGAUCUUGUGAAGAUCGGUCACAUCAGAAAGGUUACUGUUCAGCUAACCAAGAAAAAUAUAUGGGAAAGGAUCAGGUGACCGCAAGACAUUGGUAGCUACU